AUGACUCAUAGCAAGAGGCUCCAGGAAGUCGCCGAGGAUGACAUCUCCUUCACGAAAGAAGACGCCGAUAGACUUCUUCUGCCGCACAACGAUGCCCUAAGAGUUCUGGAACAAGCCAAGCUAACUGGAAGCAUCAUUCAGGCAACAAAGCUCCUCGUCGGGUUCAACUUAGCAAGUGUGACAACCAGAGGGGAGAUCUUGCUGUCUACUAAUGCCGAAGGGGUCACAAAGAUCACUUUAUUUGAAGUUGUGGACGGUGACAUGGGCUACAACAUAAUUCUCGGCAGACCAUGGUUACAUGAGAUGAAAGCCAUUCCAUCAACAUAUCACCAAAUGUUGAAAAUCCUGACUCCAGAGGGAAUAAAACAAAUAAGAGAGGAUCAACCGGCAGCAAGGGAAAUGAACGCGGUAUCGGUUUCCAAGAGUAAAGGGAAGGAACUCAACGCAUAA